UCAAUGUCUCGUCAGCAUUUUAUUCGCCAAUUAAAGAGAAAGAUUUCUAGCAUCUUGUAAAAAUCAAAGAAAGACAUCACCUGACCCCGCGUCUGAGGCAUGAGGGUUUGAAUAUGAAUUUCGUCAUAACUAGAUAGGUACCUGGGUAACUUCAUUUUACUUAUCAACCCAACUUAAUAUACCAAACAUUUAUCUUACGCCCCAAUUAGCCUUCCUUUCGCCUUACAAUUCUUCCUCUCCUUCGCACGAUCAUCAACCCCCGUAUUAACAUCACCCAUUGAAGAAUGUGUGGGCGCUAUUCGCUGGCCUUGCGCCCGGCGCAAGUUCGUCAGAUGUUACAAGACGACGAUAUGUCUGUAGAUGAUGCCCCAGACGAUGAAGGCGAAGGCGCUCCCAGGCAAAGUUAUAAUUUCGCUCCAGGUUACCACGGUAUUGUCUACCGUGCCGAUGUACCAGACUGGGGAGCUGGCUCUCGAGGGCAGCAUACGGACGUUUCUCAUAAGUCCAGGAACGAUGAACACGACGAAGGUGGGGUUAAGACCAAAACAUCCGCGUCCCGGCCGAUUAGCUACAAGCUACAAAGCAUGAAAUGGGGAUUGAUCCCCUUCUGGACUAAGCGCAACCCAGACUAUGGUUCGAUGAUGAAGGCCAUAAAUUGCAGAGAUGACUCGCUCGCCCAAAGUGGCGGCAUGUGGAGUACUAUGAAAGCAAGGAAGCGAUGUAUCGUUGUUGCGCAAGGGUUCUACGAGUGGCUGAAGAAAGAUGGAGGCAAGGAAAAGAUCCCGCACUUUGUGAAACGAAAGGAUGGUAAACUAAUGUGUUUCGCUGGAUUAUGGGAUGUAGUCCAAUAUGAGAACGACGAGGAUAAGCACUACACUUAUACAAUCAUCACCACAGAUUCGAACAAGCAGCUCAACUUCCUCCACGACCGCAUGCCCGUAAUUUUAGAUAAUGGAUCCGAAGAUCUACGAAUAUGGUUAGACCCCAAGCGCCACGAAUGGUCAAAAGAGUUACAAGCCCUACUGAAGCCCUUCAGUGGGGAGUUGGAUGUCUACCCCGUCAGCAAAGAAGUAGGUAAAGUUGGUAAUAACUCGCCUACAUUUAUUAUUCCUGUCGACAGCAAGGAAAAUAAGUCCAAUAUCGCAAACUUCUUCGCCAAAGGUGCCGAGAAGAAGAGCAGUAAGAAGGAACAACCCGACAUAAAAGUCAAGGAAGAGGGGUUCGUCACAGAUGACCCAAAAGAGAGCCAAUCUUCGGUGGGCGUCAAGCGAGAAGCUGAAGACGGAGUUGUUGUUGGGGAACCCCCGAAGAAAGCAGCCACGACAACGUCAGUGGCGUCAAAUAAGUCGCCGUCUCCGCAAAAAGGAAAACAAAAGAUUAGUGCUACCAGCAAUGGGACUAAAAGCCCAAGCAAAGCGAAACAACCCAGCACACAGAAGAUCACAAAAUUCUUCGCGAAUGGCUCAUGAAAGCAUAGCCUGCUCAAAUCAUAAAGGUCAUGGGGGAUGGCCCCUGACCUCAUAACUUCGCAAUUCUAUGUACGAACAGUAUCUUAGUUAUUUGACUAGAUAUCCCCUGCCUUCACGGCAAUCCUAUACGAACCUAUUUAGCAGGCGAAGACAUCAGGGCCUGGGACGAUGUAGCUGUGGAAGUUGUUGUAGAUGUUGGCCGUGUCUAUUAAAGCAGUAAGGUUAGCUAAGG